AGAAAAAAUCAGUUUUUACCUGAAAAACGUUAAUCCAUGUUCACGUUCAGGAUCUGUGGCCUCAGAUUGUCACAAAAUCAUACUCGGAUCUGCCGAUGCAAUUUCUACAAAAUAUAUUUGAUCAAAGAUCCAAUUUGGGGAGGUAACAAAGUUUUACAAUAUCUGAACGCAAACUGAACUUUUUUUGGGUUGGCGAAACUGAUCUCCGGAUUUAGACGAAUAUACGUAAACGCUUCUUUUAGCUAUUCCGAGCUGGCUAUUCAGAACUAGGUAGUGCUACAUUGUUCGAUCCAAAUCCAAAUGAGAUCGGCUUCAACAAAGCUAUAUAUAUCAGAACCGGAGCCAGAACGCGUCGCCUGCUAUUUCCGUGUCCGUGAAAUGUUGCAUUUCCAAAGUCCUAUUCUUAGUACGUAAGCAUGCAAGAAUGAUACGUGUAAGGUGUCGGCAUAAUUCACUCAAAGCACCAAGCACGUUGGUGUAGUACAGAUGGUGUGGAGAGGGACCGGUCUGAUUCAUCGGAAUAAACAUCGGAUUCAACUCGAUCUACGGUGACCGAUUACAGUUUAUUUUCCCCCUGCAGUUUGACCGCCAUUUCUGUUCCUUCUGAUAGAAGCUAGAUCUGUGAAUCCACUCUUUAGUGCCACUCGUCUGAGUGGUUUUCUGCACCUUUUAGAUGUUUUGAUGGUACCCACAUCGUAAAAUCAUGAACCAUGUCAUGAUAUCAAUCAACCAUCUCAUGUUUGAGAUAUUGGUGCAUGGGAGUGACUCUGUAAGAAAGAUCUCUGUGAGAACCUGAGAUUAGCUUGUUCUGGUUUCCCCCAUUUGGUGACUCAACUAGUCUUGAUUCACUAACAUCAACCUCUAUCUCGAUUUCUCUCAACUUUGAGGAUGUGGAAGUUCUGAUAUUUUCAAAUUCUAUAGAAAAGAGAAGUGCUUGCUGUCUUAGAGCCCUGCUGAAAGUAUGAACUGGAUGGGUGGUUAUUCACGCUUACCAAGACCUGGAGGUUUCCGACCACAAAAUCUUGGCCAGAAUGCUAUUUCUGUGGUUGGUAACUUCUGUUUCACAUUCUUUGUAUUCGGUGUCGUGAUAUUCACCAUCAUUGCUGCUACAUACCAACCUGAGGAUCCACUCUUUCGCCCAUAUACAAAGAUUACAAGCUUUUUCACUUCAACUUCCAAGGCUACCUUCCGUUCAGAUGAAUCCGUUCCCAAGACUGCAGAGGAUUUCACGCCCUUAAACCAAACCGCUUUUGCGACAUUCAUCAAUGUCACAGAUGUCUCGGCGCCUACCACCACCUCCGAAGCAGAUUGCAGUGGCAGCUCAGGUGCAAUCGACUGCACGGAUCCGGAUGUCUUUCCUUUUAUGAUGCGGGUUGCAAUUGAACGUUUCACAAAUAUCCAUUUCUACAAGUUUGGCAAACCUGUUCAGGGGCCAAAUGGUAGCUCUUGCGACAUGGCAUGGAGAUUCAGGCCUAAAGAUGGAAAAAGGGCUGCAUUUUAUAAGGAUUAUCGUAGAUUUGUAAUCUCACGGUUGUCGGACUGCAGUUACAGUGUAGAUGGGAUUGGUGAGUACCACUCUGGUCUGAAUGCUAGGAAGAAGAAGAAAUUUGAAAAACAGGGAUCGGAAGCUGAAUUUGGGCCGCAAUCAGAGGAUUUAACUCCUCCAGAAGAAAAGCUUCCCGUUGUUGGGGAUAUUGUGAAUGACACAAUCCCAACGGUGGAGUCUGAAAGCAAGUUCAGCACCGGGAAGUAUUUGAUUUACAGUGGCGGUGGCGACCGCUGCAAGAACAUGAAACAUUUUCUGUGGAGCUUCUUGUGUUCUCUGGGUGAAGCUCGGUAUUUGAAUAGGACACUUGUGAUGGACCUCAGUAUGUGCUUGUCGUCAAUGUAUACUUCUUCUCAUCAAGAUGAGGAGGGGAAAGAUUUUAGGUUCUAUUUUGAUUUCGAACAUUUGAAGGAUUCAGCUUCAGUGAUGGAACAAGGCCAGUUCUGGACUGAGUGGGGGAAAUGGCAGAAGUUAGACAGUUUGAGUCUGCACUUGGAGGAGGGUUUCAGGGUGACACCAAUGCAGCUUGUAGACGUCACAGAUACAUUGAUUAUGAGGAAGUUUGGUUCAGUAGAGCCAGAUAACUACUGGUACAGGGUGUGUGAAGGAGAGACGGAGUCUGUGGUUCAGAGACCAUGGCAGCUUGUCCGGAAGUCAAGACGCCUGCUUGAAAUUGUCUCAGCAAUUAGUACAAAGCUAAACUGGGACUUUGAUUCAGUUCAUGUGGUUAGAGGAGAGAAAGCAAGUAACACCGAGCUAUGGCCUAAUUUGGCAAGGGAUACAAUGCCUGAGGCAAUAAUAUCUGCUUUGCGUUACAAGGUUGAUGAGGGUAGGAACUUGUAUAUUGCCUCUGAUGAGCCUGAUACUUCCUUCUUCGACCCAUUGAAGGAGAAGUACAUAAUUCACUUUCUAGAUGAUUACAAUGGCCUUUGGGGUGAAGGAAGUGAAUGGUAUAAUGAGAUGAAGGCUCUCAACAAUGGAAGCCCUAUUGAAUUUGAUGGGUACAUGAGAGUGGCGGUCGACACUGAAGUGUUUCUGAGAGGGAAAAAGCAGGUGGAGACAUUCAAUGAUCUCACCAAGGACUGCAGGGAUGGGAUCAACACGUGCACUGCUUCCUCAUGACCGAAGUUUGUGGUUAACCCACAAUUUGAACUGAGUUAAAUCUCAAUGCGCGUUCGAUGGUCAUGGUUUUCUCCUGUAUGCUCUGUACUUUGCCAUACAUCUUACAAGAAAUCAAGAAUUUCCAUGUCGUUUAACUGUAAUAUUGGAAACUCUUCAUCAAACCCAAAAACUCUUACUGUUUUUUAACCAUUGUAAGUAAUCAUGGUGUAGCAGUAAAACUCACACAGGAUCCCACCUUUUUGACGUCUGCUUGUUUUCUGAUUCUGGGCUUACGUGAAGAUGAAGGUCAUCUGUUUUCGAAUGCCAUAGACGGAUUCACCGCCUUUUGCAAAUCAUUGGUGGUUUCCCCCAGUUAGUUAUCGAAAACUGGUUACAUCUGAAGAUUGAAUUAUAAACAUUUGGCAAUUUGUUGGAAACUAUUGUUGUAUAUAAAUUCUAUAAAAGGUAGGUGUACGUCCCAUGAACCUUGAAACUCUAAUAUAGGCAUGAACCUAUAAAAUAAACUCACAAACAAAAGAAAAUUUUCAAAAGCACUCACCUAAAUUUCAAAAUUCCUUAAGCAGCUCUUUUUGUGAAAUCUUACGAGCGUAACAAUUCUCCCCUUUACAAGAAAUUUAGUUCACAAAAAUUAACUUACCUCUUGAGGAACAAAUAAAGGUAUCCAGAUAUCAUGCCGUCUUCUCAGUUUCAGGUCAAACUCGGCUUAAUAGGUAAAGCAGAGCCUUCCAUAUUUUUUCACACACACACGACAAUCUUCUUUUCAUUACUCUGUAACAACGCCAACCUGAUCACUCCUCAUGGGGAGUGUUUGGCUUCUUUGUUCUCCGUUGUGCAGACAUAGCACAAUUCUUGCUGCUGCCACAAGCGCCUACAAACUGACCGCUGAGAGUAGUGUAGAUGGAUUGCAGUGGUUGACAAAGGGAGUGAACGGGAGGAUUAUUACAUAUAGCAGAGAGAGAGAGAGAGAGAGAGAGGCAUUCCUCAAGUGCAGAUGCCCACGGCAGCCACAACAUGAUUCACCAUCUUCGACAUGGCUGCACACAACGCUUUCCUAAAUUGCUUCAGGUUCGCAGCACUUGAGCCGACAAAAUAGGAGUGACAAA